CUUGACAACAGUGUCCAGGAGGUAAACAAAGCCAGCUGGGAGACACGAUCACUACCUUUAUCUGGGUGAUAACUGGUGCCCACUGAACUACCACUGCCAUGGCUCGGCGUGGUGGCUGUUGUAUGUACUUCAACAUCAUUACUGCCAUCCUUGGGGUGAUAGGAGGAUGGUCAGCAUUUGGUGUGUUUUUCUUCUACUUUGAAAAUCGGCAGGCAGGAAUGUGGGCUUUUGUGUCAGGAAUAUUUGCUGCCACAACUCUUUUCAUUCACAUCCUGUAUAAGCGGCACACACUAGAAUUGUGGUACACACCAGAGAACCUCUUACAGAUCCGACUGCUGGGCCUGCUUGGCUCUCUUUCUGGUCUUGUCGGGUUAUCAUCAUACAUUGGUAUUGCUGUAUCCCAUCAUGAAGAUCUGCCCUCCAUGAAUAACAUUGGUACAAGUCAUUACUUCAUGGCAAUAUGGGCACUUCUGACUUUCAAAUGGGGAAUGUCGCUGUUUGGUUUUGCCCAUGUCUACCGCAAGAGACUACUUGAGGAGUAUCACCCAUUGCUAGCAUGAGGUAGAAAUGUGUAAAUUUGGUACAGUAUUUCCUUUCUGUGUUGUAGAAGCACAGUGUUGUGCAUCUCAUUACAGUUAAUUAGCUACACUUAAUUGGUAGAAUUUUAAGAGAGCCUCUAAGUGCUUCUUUAUGUUGUGCUCUUCAUUUAAGGAGUUAUUUCUAAAAGGAAGAUGUAAAAAUAGUAAAGUAUAUUGCAUAUUUUUUAAUGAACUAAUGUUCAAAUAUUUUAUGUUUAUACAGGUACUGUACUAUAUUUAAAAAAAAUAUCAUGCAUGAUUAUAAUUUUUCAGAAUGCAAUAAAUGAUCAUUUUACCAAUGAUCAUUUAUCUGUGCCAGGGCUUUCUCGUGCUUUUUUUUAUUGAAACUGAUAUACUAUUUAACCACAUCAAACACCCCUUAACCGUGUUUGGAAAAUAAAUGCUUUUCAAAUUUCCCGCCGCCUUAUGCACAAAAUUUGGCAGUUGGCGAGUGGAAGCGACUGUACUCCCUGCCCAUUGUCAUAUAUGGUACCCACUUUUGUCUGUAGUGUAUUACAAUAUUACAUAUUGUAUGAUGAUUUGUAGGUUAUGAGUUACGCAAGCUUAUUGCGUAUUGUAUAAUUUGACUCGAUAUAUCUGUCGUGUUCUUUGAUAAUAUUCCCCUUAGUACAUUUAGUAUUAAACAAAACAUGUUUAACCAAUGUUAAAAAUGUGUGAUAAUUAAAUUCCACAAUCACACACACUUUAAUGUAUUAGAUUGGCAAAUUAACAUUAGUCACGCAUGUGUCAUUUUUAUCAUCUUUUAGUUCACUAUUUUAUUGAGUUAUUUGGUAGAUAUAAGUAAAAUAAAAAAUGUGGAAGCUUUGCAGCGGUCAGUCAGCUGCACGGACUGUGAUUUGAGAAAUUUACUCUGCUUAUACAUAAAUAUUUAUGGCACGUGAUGCAGCUAUUGAAUUUUGGUACAAUACUGUAUAUCAAACUUUAUCUCACUAUAGGCCAGGUGGCCCUAAUUGUAAUUAAAUAUAGAGCCUCCAUUCAUUCUUUCUGGUGUAACUGAAUUAUUCUACUAAAAAUAAAAAUAUUUUGAUUACUGUUCAAUGAAAAUCUACCAACAAAUUUGCCAUUCUUAAAUAAUGGAAUAUGAAAAGUGUUUCUUAUGAUCAAAAUGCUUCAAGUGACUAACAGAGGAGAGGAAAUUUUCAGGGAAAAGAUCCAUACACAACAAUCAUCAUCCAGCUCAGUACAGAAUCAUCCACAACUACAGUUUGGGACAGGAAAACAAAGGUAAUAAAAUACAGUAUAGGUACUAUAAACAUGUCAAAAUUUAUUCACCUACCUUAUAAAAUACUGUACACACAAUUCAUUUUCGUAGUUUAAAACAUUUUUGCCCCAAUAUAGUGUCAAGUUUCUAGUUAACUGCAGCACUGAGGAAUUUUACAAUGUCUUCCUUUAUGGUUUUACUGAGAUCAACAUUACAUUUGAUUAAAAAAGUAAAUAUUACAAUAACCUAAAUAUUUCUUUAUAUUAUGCAAGUAACAAUUUCAUUAAACCUACGGCAUAAACAUCAACACUAUGAGACAUUACUUUCCCCAGGGAUACUUUUCUAAUUAUCAGAGAAAAUGAAGACAGAUAUUAUUAUUAAAAAUAUAUAUACUGUACAAAGACUUUCCCAAAUCUGGCAAAAUAAAUUUAAUUUGUUCAUAAACUUUUAGAUAUUAAAAUGAGAGAUAGAAACCUUUCAGUUAGCCCAAUCACAGUCUGACAGUGAAGUCAGUAUUAUACUGUGGGGAUGAUACUUCACUUGCACAAAAAUGAAGCAAACGUGCUAGAGUUCCGAUCACCUGAAUGUAUGGAUUACAGGGAAGGAAGCUUUUGAAUAAAAUUGUGUACACACUACUCCACUUUCAGGAUUAGAUAUGAUGCUUCUAGCAUAUAAACCUCCAUCCCAUUGAAAAUAUUUUUCAAAUUUUGUAUACCUUAGCACUAAACUUUGUUGUGCUACACUUAAAAUACUCUUAAAGCUGCAAACUGUCUUUGACAUAACAAGAUUGACAUUUUUACUAUGCCCAGUUAAUAUACUUGUAACUUCUGCUCUAAUUAGCAUAAAAAGAAAGUAAAAGUUUUUAUUACCCAAAUUAGAGCGAAGUUACAACCUGUAUUUCCUCUUGACGUAAUUCUUAGUUUUAAAGUGAUAUGCAAUACCAUAAUUCUAAACAGUGCUAUUAUACACCUGAACACCUUCUAUAUGGCAGGAUAGUAACAGCUUGGUGAUUAACAAGUACUGUAAUGUAGUAGUCAUGGCUAUAAAAGUGGCUUUGGGGUUAGAAUUUUAAAAUAUUUAUCCUUACUUAACACAGAUGGUGAUUAAAGUGGUUAAAUUUUAGGAUAAGAGUACCAAUACCCCGAGUAAAAUUAGACUGAUGUGGGUGAGACUACUGCAAGAGAGCUUUACAAACUUGAAUUACCAAAUGAACACGUGGAGAGAGAAGCAAUUGACAUAAUUACGUACUAAACUCGACCCAUUUUUGGUAUCGUUUGUAAUCAUUAUAAAUUACAAAAGCUAGUUGGUUGCUGGUUUCUAAAGGAGCCAUGCCACCACAUUAAUGAAUUCAGUGAAGAUUCCCCCCCAUUUAAAUCUUUAUCACUGAAAGGAAAAGCAUUGCGAGUACAUUUACCUGUGUGGGAGCAGGGCUCACUUUGAAUUGAGCACGCUGUGGAUUCCAAAACUUAGCAGAAUUUGGACAGUACAUUAACUGACCAACCUGUCAAGUAAUACAAGCCAUAACACUUAUGCUUACCUACACAUUAUACACAUAAGAUAAAAAUCCUACUUCUUAUAUCAUUUAUCACUACAGCACUUAUAAUGUCUAAAACCCAUCACCAGAAUGUACUGCCAUACACAAAUGCAAAGUGCCACAAUUUUGAAGAGUAUCUGCAGAUAUACCGAGCCUACUCACUAAAACUUUACACUCUUUUGCACUUUGCAUGUAAUUAAAUGGGGAAUUUACUGCCUAACUCCCAAAACUUGUAAUUCCUUAAUAAUAAUAAUAAUAAACAAAAAAGGUCAUAAUUUUAUUACUUAAAAAGGACUCACAAUUUUGGGGGUUUUGUUUGUAAAUCAAGGCUUUUUUUUUCAUACCUUAAAUUUUGUAAACCACAGCUUUGUAAAGUGGGGUCUACCUGGAAAACAUUGAAUGAUAUCACAUUUUUAUGAUCUAUUAUGACAGGAUAUUAAAUAGAGGCAACAGCUCAUCAUAACUGCCACUGACCUCAUAAUCAAGGUUGCUACUCUGCUAAGGACUGCCAUCAUCUCUGCCAUAAGCUUUCAGACACACCAGUCUUAUUCUUUAAGCAUCAAAACUCAUCCAUGGAAAUUGAAAGUAGACAGGAGUCACUUUCAUCUGUAAUAAAAGAUUCAGGACUAGAUAAGAAUUCAAUGAUUGUGACAAAGUCAAUUAAAUAAAAACAAUAACAUUAGCAAAGCAAUA